AUGCUGAGCAGUGGCAAAGCUGGCAACUGCCCAAAGGACAAAGGUGUCAGUCUCACUGACUGCCUAAAAAGAUAUUGUGCUCCAGAAUACCUUACUGGAAAGGAGCAGUACUACUGCGAGCGUUGCAAGAGGAAGAUUGACUGUGAAAAGAGGAUACUCUUCAAGGACCUCCCGGAGAUUCUCUGCAUUCAUCUGAAGCGCUUCAGAUUUGAUAAUGCCUAUGGUUGGUUUGCAGGGUCAAAGAACUCUAGGGUUGUGACUUUUCCAGUGACAACACCUCUGGAUAUGUCGCAGUUCAUGGAGGAACCUCCAAACCAGCCAGUUGAAUACAGGCUAAUUGGCCUCAUUCAGCACAUUGGCUCCAUGGGCGGUGGCCACUACAUCGCCUAUUGCCAGCACAAGAGAAGAGCUCAGGACUGGUACGAGUUUGAUGACGUGCAAGUCAAUCCGGUCAUGCCGGAGCAGGUGGAACGCGCAGAACCUUAUGUGCUCUUCUACCAGCGUGUCCCGACCCGGGCUGCCAAGUUUGAGCGUCAGACCUUCAAGAAAGACAUGCGCGGCAUGCAGGAACGUAUCAACCAAUACCUCCUGAGCAUGUCGAGAUGUAGGCCGCAAAACUCCAUGAGUGACAGAUCCAGCGAGGAUACCAACAUGCAGGCUCUACAGGAGGAGAUCCGAAAUCAGGGACCAGCACUGCGCAAUCUCUUCAUCUCCCCAGCACCGGAACUGGAUAUGGCCUUCGUGUCCAAGCACUGGUAUGUGAGAUUGACGACCAUGAGCCGGCCCGGUCCGUUGGACAACAAAGAGUCAGCCACUGAGAAGGGUCUCUGGCACAUGCGGUGGUGGAUGUCUUGGUGCAAGGAGUUGGCUGCUGGUCAGGCAGAGCUGGCCUCUGAGCCCUUUUUCCCCAUCUCCAAGAACUUGUCCAGCCAAUUGAUCAGUCUCUAUGGGGGUGGUCCCGAAAUUACCUCGCUGGAGAAUUGUCCCAAGUGCCAAGCGCAUAUUCUCGCCUACAACUUGCGGAAGCAAGCGGAGUACGAGAUGGUGACUCGCUAUGACACAAAGGACACUGGCGAUGGUCGCGGCUGGUACUUGGUGGAUGCCGACUGGGUGGAUCAUUGGAAGCGCUAUGUGAAGAGCGAGCCUGUCACCAACUACUGGGACAUGUGCAGCCCGGGGCCCAUCCAAAACGAGAAGCUGUUCAAGAAGGAAGAUCCCAAGCAGACGAGGGACAACCUGAGGUUGAAGGCGGACUACAUCGGAGUGAAUGCGUGUGUCUGGUGGCUCUUCAUGCACGUUCAUGGUGGUGGUCCACCAGUGGUGCGGAAUGACUUGGAGAUGCCUUGGCAGGAGAUUUCACCUGAGACGCAUCUCCUGCCUGACGAGCUUCGCCCUAAGGAAGGUGAUGACUUCUACAUGCGCACAUCGCGGGAGUUUGUGGAAGAGUGCGGUGGUGAUGAAGAGCUGUACAAGAGCUUGUACGGAACAAAGCACCUGCAAGGUGAUGCUUCACCCGACUCGCAGCAGCCCGACACAUCUGCAGGAGAUGCAGAGAAUGUACCGGAUGUGGAGCUCACUGAGGAGGCAGCCACAGCAGCUGCUGAUGCCGAUGCAACCGUCACUGACUCCAGGCCGGACGAUCUGCCGGACGGCUCGCCGCCCCGCGCGAAAUUGCCGGAGGAGGCAGUUGAGGUUCCAGCGGUUGAGCCGCUGGAGCCAGCAGCUGAAGCGGUGGAGGAGUCGGCAGGUGAUCUGCCGGCUUCGACUUCCCCGACCUCGGCGAAGCCGCCCUCCGAUGCCGUGAUGCAGGAGAUGGACGAGCCGUCAUGUCAGGAGCCUCAAAGUUCUUCAUAGCCUGUGGCUCAGAAAAAGUGCCGAUGCAGCCUUUGUCCAUUGCUGGUAAGUGGCUGAUCAUCCACUGAAACUUACACGCCAACGCGGCGUACAACCACCUGUACCUAAGCUGAGGCCUAAACACCUGUUGUUUGCUGAUUAUAUGGUGGUUCCACUUGUGAUCUCCACCAAUGGCUGUUGGAAACUGCUAAGACCCAGG